AUGAUUCCAAAGGUUUUAGGCAAUUCUUGGUGGAGGGUGCGGGAUGGUAAUGUGUCUUUUUGGAGAGAUCAUUGGCUUAAAUCGAGGGCUCUUAUCAACUCUUGUGAUAUAUCUGAUUAUCCUCUAUUGAAAGUCCGGGAAUGUGGGCUUCAAAAUGGUUGGGAUGUGGAUUUGUUACAUAGAUUGGUGGGGGCAACUAAAAUGGAAGAAAUUCUAAAUUGCCUCGGUGAACAAAAAGAGGGUGGAGAUUUAUUGAUUUGGAAGCCAACUCUGAAUAAGGUUUUUUCCUCAAAAUCGGCUUGGGAUUGUGUUCGUGUUCGUGCACCAAAAUCUGAAUGGGCUACCUGGAUUUGGCAUUCAGCUCUUCUAAAAAAAUAUUCGGUUACCAUCUGGAAGGCUUUGCACUAUAGCCUUACUGUUGAUAGUCGUAUUAGUUCGUUGGGCAUUCCUUUGGCCUCAAGAUGUGAAUGUUGUACACAGGGGUGUAUGGAAGAUCAAGAUCAUGUCCUCGUUUAUGGGAUGAUUGCUGCAGACAUUUGGAGGUGGGUAUCUCUACAGUUAGGGAUGUCUUAUGACUCGCAGAGAUCUUGGAGAGCAACUAUGGAGUUGUGGUUUAGGCGUGCUACUCAUUCGACUCAAAAAGGUACUCUGCUUGCUCUUAUUCCUAUUAUUGUGACUUGGUCCCUUUGGGUGUGGAGCUAUAAGGCACGUAUGGAAGGUAAACAUGUUGCUGUGAGCUCUCUCUGGGGUUCAAUUAAGGCAGCCAUUGCAUGGGACGUAUGGGUGCAUGGGGCAUUAUUAGAUGAGAAGGGGAAUCUUAUUUGGGCUUUUGCGAAGGAGUUGGGAUAUGGCUCUAAUAAUGAAGCUGAACUCAUUGCUCUUUGUUAUGGUCUUCAGUAUUGUCAGGACUUAAAUAUUGGAAGAGUGGAGAUUGAAUUAGAUUUGCUGUUAGUGGUUCACUGGUUGCAAAAAGGGCGUUGUGGUAUAUGGUAUCUUGAAGAUUAUUGGAAAAAAAUACAAGUUAUGGUUGCAACCUUGGAGGUCAAGAUCCAACAUAUAUACAGAGAAGGCAAUGCAGGAGCAGAUUUCUUGGCCUAA